UUGGGCUGUGGGUCGCCGGAACUGAGUUGCUACAGUGUAGGUUGCUGCCCGGGAAAGUAACCAACCCGGCUGUAACCGCAACAUGGCGUGGUCCGGUAAUAAGGCAGCUGUUGUGCUGUGUGUGGAUGUGGGGAUUGCCAUGGGUAACUCCUUUCCUGGUGAAGAAUCCCCCUUUGAACAAGCAAAGAAAGUGAUGACUAUGUUUGUCCAGCGACAGGUAUUUUCGGAGAGUAAGGAUGAGAUUGCUUUAGUGCUUUUUGGUACAGACGGCACUAGUAAUGCCCUUGCCAAUGAGGACCAGUAUCAGAACAUCACAGUGCACAGACACCUGAUGCUACCAGAUUUUGAUUUGCUGGAAGACAUUGGAAGCAAAAUCCAGCCAAGUUCUUCACAAGCUGACAUCCUGGAUGCCCUGAUUGUGUGCAUGGAUUUGAUUCAGCGUGAAACCAUAGGGAAGAAGUUUGGGAAGAAGCAUAUUGAAAUCUUCACGGACCUCAGCAGCCCGUUCAGCCAAGAUCAGCUGGAUGUUAUUCUUUGUAACUUGAAGAAGUUUGGCAUCUCCCUGCAGUUCUUUCUACCUUUCCCGGUUGGCAAGAAUGAGGAGACUGGAAACAGAGGAGAUGGCACCUCUGGCUUGGAGCACCAAGGACCUUCUUUCCCUCAAAAAGGAAUUACUGAGCAGCAAAAGAGAGGCAUCCGUAUGGUGAAAAGGGUGAUGAUGUCUUUAGAUGGUGAAGAUGGACUGGAAGAAAUUUAUUCCUUCAGUGAGAGUCUACGGCAGCUGUGUGUCUUUAAGAAGCUUGAGAGGCGUUCCAUGCCCUGGCCCUGCCAGCUGACCAUCGGCCCCAACUUGUCUAUAAAGAUUGUAGCUUAUAAAUCGAUUGUACAGGAGACAGUUAAAAAGAGUUGGAUAGUUGUGGAUGCCAGAACCCUAAAGAAGGAAGAUCUACAGAAAGAAACUGUGUAUUGCUUAAAUGACGAUGACGAAACUGAGGUUUCCAAAGAGGACACCAUUCAAGGUUUCCGCUACGGAAGCGAUAUAGUGCCUUUCUCUAAAGUGGAUGAGGAACAAAUGAAAUAUAAAUCGGAGGGGAAGUGCUUCUCUGUUUUAGGAUUCUGUAGAUCUUCUCAGGUUCAUAGAAGAUUCUUCAUGGGAUAUCAAGUUCUAAAGGUCUUUGCAGCAAAAGAUGAUGAGGCGGCAGCUGUUGCACUCUCUUCCCUUGUUCAUGCUUUGGAUGAGUUAAACAUGGUCGCCAUCGUCCGAUACACUUACGACAAAAAAGCUAACCCUCAAGUUGGUGUAGCCUUUCCUUAUAUUAAGGAUGCCUAUGAGUGUUUAGUUUAUGUGCAGCUGCCUUUCAUGGAAGACUUGAGGCAAUACAUGUUUUCAUCGCUGAAUAACAAUAAGAAGUACACUCCCACAGAGGCACAGUUGAGUGCUAUUGAUGAUCUGAUUGAUUCUAUGAGCUUGGUAAAGAAAAAUGAGGGAGGAGACAUCAUUGAAGACUUGUUUCCAACCUCCAAAAUUCCAAAUCCUCAAUUUCAGAGAUUGUUUCAGUGCCUGCUGCACAGGGCCUUACAUCCCCAGGAGCAGCUGCCCCCCAUUCAGCAGCAUAUUUUGAAUAUGCUGGAUCCCCCCACUGAGAUGAAAGCAAAAUGUGAGAUUCCACUCUCUAAAGUGAAGACCCUUUUCCCUCUGACGGAAGCCAUCAAGAAGAAGGACCAAGUGACUGCCCAGGACAUUUUCCAAGACAAUCAGGAAGAGGGACCUGCUGCUAAAAAAUGCAAGACGGAGAAAGAAGAAGGUUACAUAAGUAUCUCCAGCCUGGCUGAAGGGAGUGUCACCAAGGUUGGAAGUGUGAAUCCUGUUGAAAAUUUCCGUGUUCUUGUGAGACAGAAGAUUGUCAGCUUUGAGGAAGCAAGUCGCCAGUUAAUAAGUCACAUUGAACAGUUUUUGGAUACCAAUGAAACACUGUAUUUCAUGAAGAGUAUGGACUGCAUCAAAGCUUUCCGGGAAGAAGCCAUUCAGUUCGCAGAAGAGCAGCGCUUCAACAGUUUCCUGGAAGCCCUUCGAGAGAAAGUGGAAAUUAAACAAUUAAAUCAUUUCUGGGAAAUUGUUGUUCAGGAUGGAGUUACUUUGAUCAGCAAAGAUGAAGGCCCUGGAAGCUCUGUCACCGCCGAGGAAGCCACAAAGUUUCUGGCCCUCAAGGACAAAGCAAAAGAAGACGAGACAGGACUCGAAGAAGGUGGCGAUGUGGAUGAUUUACUGGACAUGAUAUAGACCAUGGAUGUGUGGGGAACCCAAGAGUGCCAUCGCCAUGUUCUAAGAGUUCUGACAUUGCAUCCUGGAGGCCACGCAGGGGGACCUGAAGCUCUGACCAUCAUCCCAGCAGACAGCUUGGGAGCAAAUCAACCCAGACCUCCACAGUGACCACAAACACAUAUAUUACAAAGAAGAACUUGGACCCUAUCCACAUUUAUAAAGAGUCAUUAUCUUCUGACUGGCA